AUGGAAACCAAUCAAAAGAACAACUUUGUUUGCAAGUAUUGCAACAAAAGAUAUCCCUGUGGCAAGUCCUUGGGUGGUCAUAUUAGGAUCCAUUUGAAUGCUAAUGGAACUUGCUCAACUGAUGAAGAUGCUAAGGUUAAGAUGAGCACGACCGAAAACAAAAGUAAGCAAAUCUCUGUGUCUGAAGCUGGUGGUCAGUUUGGCUAUGCUCUUAGAGAGAAUCCUAAGAAAACAACCAGGUUUGUGGCGGAUUCCAGCAAUACUACUUCACUGCCAGAACAGCUGUGUAAAGAAUGUGGUAAGGGGUUUCAAUCACUGAAAGCGCUUUGUGGUCACAUGGCUUGUCACUCUAAGAACUUCUUUCAAGACCAGUCGGGGGCUACUAUGAAGUUGAAAGGAAUCAUCAUGGACAAGCAGUCAGAUAGUGAGACAACUGAUCCGAUUGAGCCAAGGAGAUCCAAAAGAAUGAGGUACAAGGCUAUUGAUGUUUACACUUCUUCAUUAUCUUUGACAAAUACUGCCUCUUUAUCUUCUACUUCUGAUAUAGAGCAAGAACAAGAGGAAGUGGCUAAAUCUUUGAUGAUGUUGUCCAAGGAUUCUGGUUUUAAAGGUUGUUUUAGUUCAGUCGCAGAUUCUUCAGAUAACAAUUCCGUGGUUUUAGAGGGUAAAUCAUCAUAUAUGAAAAUGAGGAUUAAUGUAAAUGACGGUAUUAAUUUCGUGUCCAGCGGUAUCGAGUCACUGGAGAUGAAGAAAGCAACGCAAAGGGGGGUAAAUUCUGCUGAGAAUGAUCAGUCUGAGAAUUCUGAUUCCGGGUACUUUAGGAACGGUCCCAAGAAGGUUGAAUCAGAUGUUUCUGUUCAUGGGUUUGCUAGGAAUGGUGAAUUCAAGAAGCAAGAAGUGGAUUCUGUGUUUAGUUAUGAUGAUGAGUUGGAUGCUGAAUCAGGGAAAAGAUUAAGCAUGUCAAGGCAUAUUAGAACUCAAUUGGGGAAGGAUUUCAUCGUGGAUGAUGUAUAUAAUCAAGGUGAUAGAGCUUUGAUGGAUUCGCAAAAGGGAUGCAAGAAUGAGUCAUGCGAAUAUCUUAGCAGCAGCGUUCGAAACAGGGGCAGCAAAUGUGUUUCUCUCGGGGGACGCAGAACCAGCCAUAACAGGAUUAAUGGCUGCAGUGAUUCAAUAUAUGAGAGUGGGGAGAACAGCGUAGAUACUGACUAUGUCCCUAAUCCAAUUGCUAAUAGUAGUAAGAUGAUUCAAUCUAGAAGUGGAAAAACUCCAAUUGAGAAGAGUUCUUCUGGAAAAGCAGAGAAAAAAUUGGGGUUGAAAAUAGAGAAAGUACACGAAUGUCCUUUCUGUCCCAAGGUUUUCCGAUCAGGGCAAGCUUUGGGUGGUCAUAAGAGGUCCCAUUUUAUUGGAGCGGCCAGGGUUAGACCUGUGGUGAUUGAGCAAGAUGUGCCUGAGAUAUCCACUCGGGGGCUAAUCGAUCUUAAUCUUCCUGUCUCCAUGGAGGAAGAGUCAGAUGGGUUAGGACCGUGGUAA